ACCCAUCAGCUUUCAGCAGCUGAGAGAGAGUCAAACCCUCCUCCUCCGGAGUUCGGAGCAGAGCACGGGGCACAGCAAAGCACAGCCACCUCUCGCCUCUCGGUCUCGGUCUCGGUCCCCUCCCCGGUCCACACUCCCUCGCGGCCGCUCCACUCCACUCCACUCCCCUCCCCCUCUCCAGUCCCCACCCCCCCAGCCCCAUGAGCCGCCGCCGGUGACCAGCAACACCCCCCAUGGGCUGCGUCCACGGCCGCCCCUCCGCGCCCAGCCCCGACCACCCGCCCGAGCCGCCGGCCCCCGCGGCGGCGGUGGUGCAGGAGGCCGCCGGGAAUAAGGCCGAGCAGUCGGCGGCGCCAGCCGAGAAGCCGGCCCGGCGGGAGAGGCGCUCCCGCUCGUCGCGCAGCGGCCCCGGCCCCGGCCCCAGCUUCGCCAACAGGGCGCGCGGGGAGCAGGUCGCCGCCGGCUGGCCCGCCUGGCUCUCCGCCGUCGCCGGCGAGGCCAUCGACGGAUGGACCCCGCGCCGCGCCGACUCCUUCGAGAAGAUUGACAAGAUCGGCCAGGGCACGUACAGCAACGUGUACAAGGCGCGCGACACGGUGAGCGGCAAGAUCGUGGCGCUCAAGAAGGUGCGCUUCGACAACCUCGAGCCCGAGAGCGUCCGCUUCAUGGCCCGCGAGAUCCUCAUCCUCCGGCGCCUCGACCACCCCAACGUCGUCAAGCUCGACGGCCUCGUCACCUCCCGCAUGUCCUGCAGCCUCUACCUCGUCUUCGAGUACAUGGAGCACGACCUCGCGGGCCUCGCCGCCAGCCCGGAAAUCAAGUUCACUGAGCCACAGGUUAAGUGCUAUAUGCAUCAGUUGCUGUCGGGUCUGGAGCACUGCCACGACCGGGGCGUGCUGCACCGCGACAUCAAGGGCUCGAAUCUGCUCUUGGACAACAAUGGCAUGCUGAAGAUUGCAGAUUUUGGUCUCGCGUCCUUCUUCGACCCAGACCGUAAACAGCCCAUGACGAGCCGGGUGGUGACCCUAUGGUACCGGCCACCCGAGCUGCUUCUCGGCGCAACAGAUUACGAGGUGGGUGUGGACCUGUGGAGCGCAGGGUGUAUCCUGGCCGAGUUGCUCGCUGGGAGGCCAAUUAUGCCAGGACGAACAGAGGUGGAACAGCUGCAUAAAAUUUUUAAGUUGUGUGGCUCACCAACAGAAGAAUAUUGGAAAAAGUCAAAGCUGCCUCAUGCUACAAUAUUUAAGCCUCAACAACCGUACAAAAGGCGAAUAAGAGAGACGUUUAAGGAUUUUCCACAAUCAGCACUGCAGUUGAUCGAGACACUACUUGCAAUUGAUCCAGCAGAUCGGUUAACAGCAACUUCUGCAUUGAGAAGCGAUUUCUUUACAACCGAACCUCUUGCAUGCGAACCAUCGAGUCUUCCAAAAUAUCCUCCAAGCAAAGAAAUAGAUGCGAAACGAAGAGACGAAGAAGCCAGACGUUUAAGAGCUGCUGGUGGUAGAGCUAAUGGUGAUGGAGCCAAGAAGACAAGAACACGUGAUCGACCUAAGGCAGUUCCAGCUCCAGAGGCAAAUGCUGAACUUCAAGUAAAUAUCGAUAAAAGAAGGUUCAUUACUCAUGCAAAUGCUAAGAGCAAGAGUGAAAAGUUCCCUCCCCCACAUCAAGAUGGUGCGGUUGGUGUCCCUUUGGAUACUUCAAAUCAUAUGGACCCGCUAUACGAACCUCCAGACCCGUCUUCCUUCAGCACUGUGUUCACAUACGAGAAAGGUGGUGUGCCCACUUGGUCUGGACCAUUGGUUGAUCCUGCUGCAGUGGUGAACCAAAAGCGGAAGCACAAGUCUGGGCGCUCAUCAAAACAACCGGCCACUGCCCGUGCUCGGUAAGAUCCUAAGGAUCAAUAUUUACAGGUAAAAAAAUGAGACUUCAACAUGGGGGAAAUACUCCAUGGUGGUACCUGCACGCUGUUUUGCAAACAAGGCAUGCAAUGAUAAAGCCGUUUGUUGGUUACCUGUUGUCAUGUGAGUGAUUUUUUCUAGACAUCAUGUAUAGGCUGGGGAGGGAGUUGAAGUAGUCACUUCUGUACAUUAGGUUUUCUUUCCUGCUCUUCAAGCAGCUGCAUUUUAUGUUAGAUUCAUUUGAAUGGAAGCUUAGAUCUCUAGAGUUUCACUACACCCCCUUGGCCCCUUCCAUUGUAACAGUCUGUUGCCUGCAUAAUCAGUUCUUAUCAAUUCAAUGGAAAUUUUCAAUCGGAAGUUUUGGUGAA